GCAGCAGGCAGCGGGGCGCGGGCGGCGGGAACCGGAGCAUGGAGGCGGAGGCCACCCGCCGAGCUGCAGCAGGUGUUUACCCGGUGGAUAUUUUGGAAGAUGACCCCGCAGGGCACGGGGAAGCGGCCCUGGCUUACUAUGCCACGCUUAGGGAAGGGGCACGGAGCUCACCAGAGGUUUUCUCUCUUCCCACUGGAGAGCAGGUGAAACUUGAAGCUUCGUCAGCUUGCUUUUGCGCUGUGUACCCCGACGCACCGCAGCACAAAAUCUUGGUCUUGGUUAAUCCUCAGGACACAAAGACAGUCGUGGCUGUUUACAUGAAGGAGUCCUGGUGGGCCACCGAAGAUGUGCUGAGAACCUCUGAUCCUGCAAGAGAAGGUCUGAUGAAGGUUCAGUCAUUUGGGGAAAGGAUUGUGCUUUUCCUUCUAAACGUCGUUAUUUUUGGAAGAUUGGAGAGGAACUUGGAUGACGAUCACAUGUUUUUUUUACCUCACUCUGGGAAGGAGGAGGCUAAAAUUCUGUGGAGAGAUGGAGCAGCUGUUGGAUUCUAUACAACCAAAGCGAAAGGCAGCCUGUGUGGCGAUGGCACGGGUGCGUGCUACCUGCUACCUGUCUUUGACACCGUGUUUGUCAGGAGGAGGUACCGCCGCCAGGGCCUGGGCCUGGCCAUGCUGCGGGACUUCUGUGAGACCUUCCGAGAGGAUGAGGCCCUGGGCGUCAGCUGGCCAAUUUCCCCCGCCAUGUAUCAAGUCUGUAGGAAGUUCCUGGCAGCCCAUCCAGAGGAGCGAGGGCGCCUGUGGGAGGUGGAGCCCCCGGGAGCCUGGGGCCAGCGAGGCAGCAUCUGGCUGAAGGUUCAACUUCAACAAUCAAGACAUCCAGACUCUCACCCAGGGAGUUCCAAGGAGGAUGUGAACGGUCACGGGCGGACUUCCCAAGACGACGGACCCAGCCAGUCCGACAGCAGAGAAGGCAGCAAGGAGAGGAUCAGUGGCGAAGAACUGGAGAAGGAUGACCAAGAUUGCACAGGGAAAGGAGCUGCGGGGCCGCUCAGGAGAGCCUGCUGGCCUGAGCUGCCGGGACAGAAGCCAGGAGGAGGGCCGCCGACGCCGGGCUGCCGGGGGGGUCCUGGCGGAAGUGCACACCGCCCAGGCCCCGACUCCCAGGGGCGCAUCUGAUCUGAGUCUGUGCAGAGGCCCUGGGGGGUCGGACGUGCGUUUGAGAGCUGCUGUCCCCGCUCGCAUCCCCUGGGAGCUGGGAGGAGCACAGGGCCGCACAGUCCCCGCCCACCUCGGGGUGGAUGCCCGGGCGCAGGGGGAGGAAGUCCGAGAAAGCCCUCGUUUCUUAAGCCCAAAGUGCCGUGCAGGUGCGAGUAAUUUCCUCCCGAGCUCAGGUUCCAGAAGCCCAUCCGUUAACCCCGGUGUGCUUUCUGUUACUCAGGAUGAAUGUGUAGAGGCUGCCCUGGGACCACAGGACCCAGCCACUUUCUUUAACCCGAGGAAGCCCCCUCCCUGCAGAACUUGGCUUCGGGGUGCCCACUGCGGGCCUGCUGGACCCGAGACCCCAGGCACCUGGGGGCUUCUAAGCAGAUGCAUUUCUGGAGAAGCUUCAGCUGUGUCGGUAGCCCCCUGAGGGCCGGGGGGGGGGCUGCCCGGUGCACAGCUCCGCCUCCUGCUGGCUGCGCCUAGCAGGUGUCCUGGGUCAGCUCCAGGGGACAGCCGGGGUCACCGCAGCUCCUGACUCAGAGGGGAAGCUGCCGGCCGAGGGGACUUUGGGCUGAUGGUCCUUCUGGAGUGGACAGGCCUGAGCUCCUAAAGGUGACCGUGAAGGUGACAGCCUGGCCUGCACGUGACAGGGUUCACCCACCCACUUCUUCAUAUUUGCACAGUCCUGCUCGGGACACAUGCUCUGUGGAGACUGGGGUUCCCAAGCUGCGCCAAGGACCCUGCCCCACGGACUGGCUGUGGCCGUACAGUGGGAUCUCGGUCACUUAUUUACUCAUCCAUGUGUCCAUCCAUCCAUCCAUUCAUCUAUCCACUCACCCAUCCAUCUCCUUGUUCCUCCCUCUCCACUCAUCUCCCCAUCCAUCUGUCCAUCCAUUUCUCUCUCUCCCUGCCUCCAUUUCUCCACUCAUCUUCCCAUCCACCCAUUUACCCGUCCACCCACCCGUUUGUCCAUCCGUCCAUCGGUUCACAUCUAUCCAUGCAUCUGUCCACUCAUCCAUCCGUCCAUCCAUCCAUCCAACCAUCCAUCCUGUUGUACAACAGACAUUCAGUGUGUCAGGCACAGGGGAUGUGCAGAUAAGUGAGGCGUGGUCCCCUGGACUCAAGGAAACCAUUCUCUGGCAGGGUCUCUCCUGGAGUCCUUCGCCGCAGUUGUCUCUCUGACACUUGUUAGAGACACGGUUGAGAGCUCCCUACGGAGCCGUCGUGAAGUCCCCCAGUGCAAGUCGGCUCUCUGGGAAGGAGGCACAGACCGUACAGAUGGAUUCAGGUCUGCCGUGUGUGAUGUCAGACGUCACCCUUCCCAAGGGGUGUAGACGUUUGCUGUGAACAUUUCACCGUUGAGAUGAAUCAUUGGUGCUUAGGGGUUUGAUGAAGUUACUGUUCAAUAAAAGAAUCCUCCCAAGGAAGAAAAA